AUGAGGUUCCACCCGACUAAUGAGGAACUACUGGUGUGGUACCUGAAAAGGAAUAAUACAGAGCAACCUUUAGGUUGCGAGGCAAUCAAAGAAAUUGAUUUCUACGCAUACGAGCCAUGGGAACUACCAAAUAUGUCACCAAUUGACAAUGGGGAAAAUGCAUGGUUCUUUUUCGUACAAAGAGGAGAAGAGCGUAACAGAUUGACGCGUAAUGGCCAAUGGAAAGUAUCAGGUGCGGCUACAAAUGUGUUUCGCUUGGGAGAAAUUGUAGGAGAAGUCAAAAGCUUGUCGUACAAAUGGCUUCGUAAAGAAAAAACUUUAUGGAGGAUGAAAGAGUACCACCUUAGAGGCGAUGAUCUAGGCGAUGAUCAAGGACGUUACGUCAUAUCCAAGGUUUACUACAAAGGACCGUGGGUCGAACGCCAGUUUAGGGAGGAAGAAUGGGCUGCAUACUUUAAUACGCCACAAGCUGCACCGAACGAACCCAACGCACCCAACGAAAUCAACCAAGCAAUUGAAAACAAUAACAAUGCAGGCCCUGACCAAUAUGUUGUGAAUGAGAUGCAUUACGAUCAGGCGUACAUCGAUAUGGAAGAUCAAGAUUUUAGGGCGGUAUCUCUUACGCAACAGUUGGGGUACUACAAGGAGUACCAGAGUAAGGUGACAAAAUUGGUGGGGAUUGAAAAAGAAAAAGGGAUGUUCUCAGCUGGAAUUCAUCUUCUCAGUGCUGGAAAUAGUGAUUAUCUUCAGAAAAUUACUACAUCAAUACUUAUAUCUACAGACAGUAUACACCUGCUCAGUUUGCUGAUCUUCUUAUGA